AUGAUUCUAUUAAUAUACUUGUUCAAGUUAUUAUCGCUAUGUGAUUCGUACAAAAUCCUCGUCAUUAAUCCGAAAUUCGCCUAUAGCCACAUGAAUUUUAUGGGUAAAAUUGCCGAUACACUCGUUGAUGCUGGACAUGAAGUGGUCACUUUCCAGCCUAUAAUUGAGCCGUUAUAUGUUGGAAACGGGACUACCAAAUCUCGUUUGAUCCAAAUUGGUCCAUUCGAGGAUCUUCUCAAGGAAAUGUCCGUACUUCACGAUAAAGACCUUAUGAAGCCGUUGUGGACGGCCAGUGCAUCAAAUCCAGUUGGAGUGAUCGCGUUUGUCCCGAUGUUAUCCAAAAUGACAGAGAUGGCAUUAACCAAUGUGCUGGAUAAUAAGGAAAUUCUGCAACAACUGAAAGAUGAAAAUUUCGACGUCGCAAUAGCAGAACUUUUCGAUUUCAUCGGAUUGGGUUGGUGA